GUAGAUAUUAAGUAAAGUACAUAUCUCUGUGAAGAAGGAAGAUAAUUUAAAAUGGGUGAUACGAGUAUUCUCAUAAAAGAUCGAGAUCUAAGAUUAAAAGCAGCUUUACUCAGCUACCAAAAAACAGAAAGAAAUUUAGAAGAAUAUAUUACUGUAAUUACGAAUUGGUUUAAAACUCAAAGACAUCUUCCGGAAAUACCAGAAAAGAAUAUUAUUAUCAACUUUUUGUUGAUGAACAAAUUUGUUAUACAGAGUACCAAAGAAAAAUUGGAAAUGUAUUAUUCAAUUAGAACAAUUAUACCAGAAUUUUUUCAAGGUAAACACCCAUGUUCGGAUCAUAUGCAAAAAUCUACUGACAAAAUAUAUUUUAUUCCUUUACCAAAAGUAACUGAAAGAGGGUAUAGAGUCGCCAUAAUAAAAUGCCUGGAGAGUCCGGCGAAUUUCCACGUAUGUGAUUUUUUUGCGCAUACCUACAAUAUAUCAGAAAUUAGAUUGCACGAGGACGUUGCUGUCGGUGAUAUUUUAGUGUAUGACUUUGAUAAUCUUAAAGUGGGGCAUUUUCUCAAACUAACUCCGGUCAUAAUAAAGAAGUCUACAAUAGUGUUAGAGAAAGUAUUUAGUAAUAGAGUUAAGCAGAUUCACAUAUUAAAUACACCAAAAUAUGCAUCCACAACAAUUUCUGUAGCAAAAAAAGUGAUGAAACCAAAAAUCGCCUCAAGGAUUCAUAUCCACAAGAAGUCCGCAUCUAUAUUUAAAUAUAUUCCAAUGGAUAUUCUUCCUAAAGAUUAUGGUGGAAAUGAAAAAACUCUAGAAGAAUUAAAUCAAUUGUGGAAGGCGAAAUUGGCAGAAUAUAAAGAACGCUUCGAUGCUCUGGAGAAAAUAAGGAUUAAAGAAGAACUGAAACCGAUGCCCCUAAUCAACGACGAGAUUCUCGGAUUUCAUGGAAAUUUCAGAAAACUUGACCUUGAUUAGAGCAGGAAGAAAAUUCAUUACUGUUGUUUUUUAGAUUGUAUCCUACAUUUUUUAUUGUAGGUAUUUCAUUUUAUGUUAUAUAAUUUAAAGUCGAGAGGUUGCUUGUUUGAAUAUUUC